GAAUUUUCGCCGCCCACCCAAAAGUUGGAGAAACUCAAAUUUUAGCAAUCGAGUCACUCUGAAUCCACCCACCAAUGACAUCUGAAGCAUAAGACUCACCACAACAGUCCUGACUUGAAGACAACAGUGGCGGAUUCAUCUGCUCUAAAAGGCAAAAAUGAAAAUCGAGGAGAUAACCGACAAGCUGGACGAGGCCAUGAAGCUGGAGCAGGCCUCACCACAGCCAAAUACCAGUGCCACAGAGGCCACCAAACCUGAGCUGCCCCCAGCUCAUGCCAUCGCCAGCGGAAAGACUGUUGACGAAGUAUGGGAAGAUCUAAACAAGUCGCCCCUUUUCAUGACAGACCUUGAUGCCAAUGAGGAAAAUGAAGAUAUUGCCGCACUGCAGGCACUCGCGUAUGAAGGCACACCUCUCGAAAAUGGCCAGGAGUUCAAGGAGCGUGGAAACGAGUACUUCAAACUUAAGAGCUACGCCGAUGCAAAGGAGUUUUACGGAAAGGGCAUUGCUAUUCUCGCUGGCGAAGAGCGCAAGCGCGCCAGAGGCGAGCAGACGAAAAAUCAGGAGGGUGUAAUCGACACUGAGGAGGAGAUUCAGAAGCAGCGCGAGACUCUUGAAGCGCUCUAUGUCAACCGGGCAGCGUGCCAUCUCGCUGUUAAGAACUACCGCAGCUGCUGGCUUGAUUGCGCUGCGGCGUUGCGCCUCAACCCGCGAAACAUCAAGGCAUACUUCCGCAGUGCACGAGCACUCCUUGCAGUGGAUCGUAUCCAGGAGGCCGAUGAUGUUUGUGCGCGCGGUCUUUCGUUAGACGAAAACAAUGCUUCGUUGCGUGCUGUAGCGGACGAUAUCAUUAAGCGAGCUAAAGAGAUCGACGCGCGACGAAAGAGGGACGCAGAGCGCGAAGCAAAGGAGAAGCGGCGUGCACUUCUCAUCAAAGCCGCACUACGAGCGAGGAAUAUUCCCACACGCACAACCUCCCAACCACCAGAGAUGGAAGACGCGGGCAUUGCGCUCCUCCCAGAUCCUGAUGAUCCCCGCAGCACGCUUGCGUUCCCAACAGUACUGCUGUACCCUCUGCACCUGGAGUCUGAUUUCAUCAAGGCGUUUGAGGAAACACAUUCGCUCGAGGAUCAUCUGAGCUAUAUCUUCCCUCUGCCGUGGGACAAGGAGGGUGUGUACACAACAGUAGGCGUGGAGGCGUUUGUGGAAACCACACAGGGCGGUCUACUCAAGAUGGGCAAGCGGGUGCCGCUGCUGAAGGUUCUGGGAACGGGUAAGGUUGAGGUGGUGGACGAGGUGGUGAGGAUCUUUAUCGUUCCUAAGGAUAAGGCAGAGGCAUGGACAAAGGAGCACAAGGCAAAGAGAGCGGCUGAAAAGGGAGAGACAAGCUGAUGGAUGUAAGAAAGAAUAUAAGUUACUUUGUUUUACAAUGAUGUUCGUGUACUAACUAAGACUUGCGAUUGCUGUUUCCUAGGCCCUAAAUGAUGUGCUAUAUGCAGUUAUGAUAUGAUCGAGAUGUCGCCAGAUACUGGCGAUUAAGUGAUUGAGUG